AUGUUCGGAAAAGAAAUCUCGCAGAUAUUAAAGCACACAUCUCAGGAUUCCUUGGGAGGAAAUACAAAAACCCUUAUGAUAUCCUGCAUCUCUCCAUCAAACAUUAAUUAUGAUGAAACAAUAACGACCCUGCGCUACGCAAGUAGAGCUAAGAAAAUUGCAAAUAAGCCGACAAUUAACGAAGAUCCCAAAGAUGCCAAAUUACGACAGUAUCAUGAUGAAAUACUUUAUUUAAAAAGAAUGCUGAAAGAAACACAACAAACGAUUGAUUUCAAAAGUGACGAGAAGUUAAGAGAAGUUUCAAUUAAUGAUAAGAAAUACCAAGAAAUCCCAGAUAUCACCAAUGCUGAAGCGAUGAACUCAAGGUCAAUCUUACCUGUUCAUUCAAAAGAAGAGAACAUUCAAUUGCAAGCACGAAACCGUAUUGAUCUUAUUAAACAAACCUUAAUUGGAGGUGAGCGUGUUGGUGAUUUAAAACUUAAGGAACAGCAUAAAGCCCGUCGAAUUGCUGCUCAACGUCACUUAAAUGUCGUAGCAAAUGCUCUGAGCCGUAUUAAUUAUGAAGAUCGAGACCUUUUACAAGGUCAUUAUGCUAGUAUAGCCCAAGAGAUAAAUAUUAAAAACGAACACAUACGAAAUUGCCAACAAAAAAUUAAAAUGCUUCAAAUGGAACUUUCGGAUUUGAAUUCAGAGUUUCAGCUUGAUCGUGAAGAUUAUUUGGAUGAAAUAAGAAAUCUUGGACGUUACAUCAAGUUUUAUCAACAAUUACUUAAUAAAUUUGAUUCAAAUUUACGUAAAAAUUAUAAAAAUUGGUCUCCGGAUAUUGUAAUGGAGCAUUCAACAUGGAUUGAUGAUCUGAAAAUUUGGAAAAUUCCAGACAACUAUUUGUUGAAACUUCCACCGGCUAAUCUUAAUUCUGAUAAUCAACAAAUAUAUAGCUCGACAGAAACUAAGAACAUUUCCAAAAUAUUUAGGAAUGAUGAAAAGCAACCUUUUGAACAUGACAACUUUAACACAUCAAAAGAGAAGUUUAACGGGAAUGUUCUCAAAAACUACUUUCGCACAUCUCGUCCAAACAAUAAAAAGGAGCAAUUCGGAAAAUAA